AUGGUGGCGGCGGCGGAAGCCGAGGCGAACCUCUCGAACGACAUCAGCGUUCCGUCUUCCACUCCCAAUUUGGAUUCGGAUCUGAGGAAGGCUCUUCUGAGGGCGUUGAGCGAAUUGGAGAACGAGGAAGCGUCGGAGGGACGGUCGGGUUCUUCGACUGAGAGGUCCGAGGAUAGGUUCAUCGAAAGGGCUUCCGCUUCGGCGCUUUCGAUCAUCACCAAAGACGAGCACGUGACCGAGGUUCAAGCUACGACAACUUCAAAACCGAUUGUGGUUAUACAGAAGAGUUCGGUUUUUCAAGCGACGACUCCGGAACCUGAGGAUUUCGUGACCAGCGCUACAAGCAGCUUCGUGAAUUCCAAUGUCAAUCUGAACGGCGUUACGAUUAACGACAAGAGAUUCACUCCAGGCGUUAAAAGCGUUUCGAUAACACCCAAACCGGAGACUACGACGGCCAUAACGACGACCACUGAGGAGAGCGAGGCUAAAGUUGAAGAUGUGCAAUUCUUUUCAGCUCCUUUGGUCGCCGCUUUCACGGUGCAUCAAGACGCUCACGGACUUCCCAAGAAGGUGGAACCAAUCUUCAAGACGCCUCAAGUAAAACCGCCGAAAAAGGAGCACGUCAAAGCGCAGAUUUCCUUCCACGAAAAGCAGAGGGCUUUGGAGGAGCAAGUGUUCAACUUGCAGCAGCAGCAGAGGUACCAGCAAGAAUAUCUUUUGCAGCAGCAGCAACUUCUGAUUCAGCAGCAAAGAUUGUUGGCCGAAAAGCAAAGGCAGCAACAGAACAGCCAACCCUUCCAUCCAAUUAACAAGCAACAACCUAAUCAAGCGCAAAACGAGGUUCAGAACUUCGCAAGCACCCAGCAAUUGCCGAAUCAGUUUCAAGCCAACAAAUUCCGACCGGAAAACACGGUAGUUUCUUUACAACCGAGCAUCACCUACACCCAAACUAGCCAAUUACUAGCCCAGAUAUUACCAAUAAGAAACGCCGUGGAUUUCCACACUAUUCCAUCUUACCAUCCGUUGAAUUCGCAACCGCAACCACAGCAGCAACAGCAGCAAACCUUCAACUCGUUCCAAAGCUUUCCCCAAAGGCAAAGCAAUCGUGUUUUCAGACGCGAACCCACCACCGGCAAUUUAGGCUUCAACCAACAAUUCCAGCAGCAGCAGCAGCAAUUCCCCCAGCAACAACAAACGCAAAACAGAUUCUUCAGAUCGAACGCGGAAACUUAUCAUCCAAACGUUAACCAGCAAUUGAACACUUUGCUCUACCAAUCCGGUAUUUCGAGGAACGUCAGGCAAAACGAAGACCUCAACAUUGUCUCAAAGAUCCUCUCCUACAACGUCGGCAGGCAAAACUUCUAA